CGGAGUCCUGCGUUUAGUGCUGUUGCCCUACUCGUCCCGUUGCAAAAUGUGAGGAGAGAAGUGGCUGGUGGAGGCUGGUCAUAGGCCAUGAGUCGGCGAAGGAAACAUGGGGACAGCCCUGGCCUGAAGAACACGCCGCGAAAAAUAGAAGCGGCUGAGGAAUGCGGCUCGGUGGUCGAGCCAGGGAGGAGGCGGCUGAAGUCGGCCCGCGGCUCUGGGCUCCUUGGGGCUGAAGAUAGGCCUCCCGGGCCAAUGCGGCAGCAAGAGCAGCCUCCAGCAGCCGCUUCGUGCAGUAAAAGUAACCCCGAGGAAAGGUAUGAAACACCAAAGAGAAUGCCGAAAAUGGAUUUAUUGUCGUCUACCUUCAGUUCUCCUAAUGAUCCAGAUGGACAGAAUGAUAUCUUCUGGGAUCAAAAUUCUCCAUUGACAAAGCAGUUAGGUAAAGGAAGAAAAAAACAUAUUUACACCACAGAUAGUGAUGAGAUUUCACAUAUUGUUAAUCGUAUUGCUCCUCAGGAUGAAAAACCAACAACAAACUCUAUGCUGGGCGUGUGGAUCGGCGAAACUGCUAUUCCUUGUACUCCCAGUAUAGCAAAAGGAAAAUCGAGAGCAAAAAUCAGCUACACAAAGUUAAAAACACAAAAUCAAGAGGAAGAACUUAUGAAAUUGGCUAAACAAUUUGAUAAAAAUAUGGAAGAGCUAGAUGUGAUUCAAGAACAAAACAAGAGGAAUUAUGAUUUUAUCCAGACAAUUUCAGAAACAGAGACUUUAAAUAAUUGUAAAGAUAAUGUACAGAUGCAGUCAUUAUAUAAUGUAGGUACUGAAAUAGAUAGUGCUGUAAUAAAGAAACCAAUCAAAGAAAACACCAAGAUAUCCAUGGUAGAUGAUCAAAAUAGCAGUCAGAAGCCAUUCGACCAAAAUGCUGAAGCAGCCUUUAAUGCCAUUUUCGAUGGUUCUACUCAGAAAUGUAGUGGACAGUUAAGCCAAGAAUCUUCUUUGAACACCAGUAAUACUACCUUUGGAAAGAAAAAUGCUUUGAAAGAGGACAAAGUCAUUAAUGAAACUCUGGUCACUGAAAAAUUACCAAAUAAAAGCCUGGGUUCACUUUCUCCUCAAGCGGAUACUACCAUAAUGACAAAAUCAUGUGUGACUUCCUGUACUAAGGAGCCAGAAACUUCUAAUAAGCCCAUUGAUGCAUUUAAUGCCAGUGAUUUUGAGGAUGAGUGGGAAAACUUACUAAGUAAUGAAGCUUUGGUUAUGCAAAAUGUCAAAAUGCCUGAACUAUUCCCUUCUAAAACAGCCUGGGUUACUGAUCAAAAGGGAAUUUGUACCUUUAAUAGUAAAAAUGAUAAAAGUAAGUCAAGAACAAGUCUAGAUGUCAGAUUAAGAGAUUCAAAUAUAUUACAGGGUCUUCCUUCAAAGACAGAUAACAGAGAAUUAAUAGAUGCUGGAGAAUAUAGAUUUUCACCAAAUCCAAAUGAUAAAUCAAACAAAUUACCAUCCACUGAAAAUAAUAUGAAAUUUGAGAAAUCUUUCAAUAAAAUCGUUCAAGAUUAUGCAAUUGCAUCUAAUCUGACAAAAGUAAAGGAAGAUAUUCAUACUAAAUUUACUUCUAGUGUAAAUGCUUCUGAAAAGAAGUCUGCUUUGAACACAGGGUAUUCCAAUGAACAAAAAAAUAAGCCCAUUUUUAAUCAGUCUAUUAAAGCACCUGUUGAUAUUGAUUUUUUUGGCUCUGCAACUCUAGGCAAUGAAACCAGUGUUAGUAAUGCAAAUCAGACUAAUGCAUCAAAAUUGGGUUCUUUCUUUGAUGAUUGGAAUGAUCCAUCAUUUGCCAAUGAAAUUAUUAAAACAUGUCAUCAGUUAGAGAAUACCUGGGAAGCAGAUGAUGUAGAUGAUGAUUUGUUGUACCAAGCGUGUGAUGAUAUUGAAAGACUAACUCAGCAACAAAACGUUAGAAAGGAUAGCAAGACAUCAGAAAGCAUACUUGUGAUCAAUAAUAAUUCCAAACAUGUAGCCAAAAACAUGUUUACUGCAUCUAAACAAGGAAGUCAUUUGGUACAAUCAAAGCAGUUGAAUCUGGGCAGCAUUUCAGUGCAAACAUCUUCCUUAACAAAUAGCUCAAAAAUAGAUAAAUCAGUAAAGAUGGACAAAGGGGAAAUAUGUGGAAAUUCUCCAGGUUUUUUAGGCGCUACAACAAAUUUCACUAUGUAUUCUAAGAACUCAAAUUGUCAGAUCAACAACCUGCAUGCCUCUUGGAGUAACACUAAUGUUCCAAUACAAGUGAAUAGUUCCAAAUCAGCUCUUGCAGGAAGUUCAAGUUUGAAUGUGAAUUCAGAUCAUUUGAGUACAGAAAUUGCUGCUUAUGAGAAGAAAUUGAGUACUCAGCAGCUAUCCCAUAAGACCAUAACAGAUGAAGCUCAGAGCAACCUUAACAAUACAGUUAGAUUUUCAAAGUAUACAUUUACAAAGAUGAACAAUUCUCAGAUUGUUUCUCAGUUUAAUCAAAAUUGUGUAACAGGAAGUAUGUCUGAUACCAAUAUUACACAGAGUUUGGAGAAAAAGAAAACUACUUCUGUCAACCCAUUACUGGGAGAGGCUGUUCUGCAACAAUCUUUGGAACAGUCUUCAAAAGAAGAAGAAGAGAAAAAUAGAAAAUGUUCUCCUGAAGAAAUUCAGAGAAAAAGACAAGAAGCACUGGUUCGGAGAAUGGCCAAAGCACGAGCAUCAUCUGUAAAUGCAGCACCCACUUAAUUUCUUUAAUGAAAUAUUAGU